ACUCUCGACCGACCUGACCAUACCAUCCAACCUCCCACCUGGCCGACAGCUACCUCCCUUCGUGUCUCUGAAACCGGACGAGCCACAUCGGACAGACGACCUGGCUUUCUGGACCAUCGCCAAUCGACUCAAUCUGGAGAUUCAUACCACCUUCUCUCGCUGGUCUCGUUGACCUACCCCCUACCACCAUGGCGGACGGUAGACACCACCCUCAAGCGCCGAACCCCGAGAACUUCGACGCAGGGGAACUCACCAACGCCUUCGAGCAACUUAUGCGCAACAAGCGAUUCAACCAGCUCCAGGAGCAGUCUAGAGCUCAAUCCCGUACACAGUCACCCUCCCCCGCGGCUCAUAUGUCCCCUAGCCUGCCUCCUCAUCCCUCGCGAGCACCACCACCACCCCCGACCGCCUCUCAAUACCCGUCACCUCAAAUGCCACAGCAACAGUCUUCCCAAUCGCCUCUCCUGAGAAGCCUCCCGAUAGUCCCUGCCCCCCCACAAGAUCCGGCCUCCUUGAAAUUCCGAAACCUCCUCCACGUUCUUUCUGUGACGCCCACCAAGUACGAGAACCCCGGUCUCCUCGAUGAGGCGCUCGCCGUCAUCCCUCUCGACAGGUUGUACUCGGAGGCCGAGGAAGAGAGUCAGAUCAUGCAGGCACAGGCUGCCAGUGUUGGCGGGAAACCAGAAUGGGGCUACCAGGACUGCGUCAUCCGGGCGCUGCUAAGGUGGUUCAAACGAUCCUUCUUUCAAUUCGUCAACAACCCCCCCUGCUCUCGAUGCUUCAUGCCCACCAUCGCCCAAGGAAUGACGCCGCCGUCCCCCGACGAGACCGCCCGCGGUGCCACCCGGGUGGAACUGUACCGAUGCUCGGAGGCAACCUGUGGCAACCACGAGAGAUUCCCCCGCUAUUCCGACGUGUGGCAGCUUCUGCAAAGCCGACGUGGACGUGCCGGUGAAUGGGCCAACUGCUUCAGCAUGCUUUGCCGAGCAGUCGGUGGACGGGUGCGAUGGGUUUGGAACGCUGAGGAUCAUGUCUGGACUGAAGUGUAUUCCGAGCACCAGAGGCGCUGGGUGCACGUGGAUGCUUGCGAGGAGGCAUGGGACCAGCCUCGCCUUUACACUGAAGGUUGGGGCCGCAAGAUCUCCUACUGCGUGGCUUUCUCUAUCGACGGGGCCACAGAUGUCACCCGCCGCUAUGUUCGAAGCCCAACGAGACACGGAAAGGCCCGCAACCGCGCACCCGAAGAGGUGCUUGUGUGGGUGAUCCACGAGAUCCGGAAGAAGCGACGGGAGAACGUGUCCAAGACGGACCAGCGACGGUUGAUGAAGGAGGACGAACGCGAGGAAAGGGAGCUUCGAGCAUACACCGCGUCUGCCCUUGCCGCGGAACUGAACAACCUUUUCCCCCGGAACUCGAACAGCGGCCGACUCGAAGACCAGAAGACGCCAACCUCGCGACAGGAUGCCGCCAUGGAGUGGCUCGACACCCGGCAAAGGAGCUCUGGCCACUCUGGCCCCGAUGGAUCACAAGACGGCCGGUAACGCUGCGUGUAUUCCAGCUCACAACCUCUUGUCUCCUUGCGGUAAGGAGGCCCAGUGCCCCGGUCGGCGAUACAGCGUCCGAUCGGUUACCAAGUCGCAGGGUCGACCCA